GUUGCUGUAGUGCAGACAUUUUCUAAUCAUACACAGUUGAACCUUGGCUUCGAUUAAUACAUUUCAUUGCAAACUCAGUUAAUGAAAUUUCUGGGAUAUAAAUAAUAAUACAAAUUCGGCGAUAAAUUCGUUAGAGUAUUCUAUUCGAGUGGCACACAUAACUGUGCUGAAGAGUGCCAAGUCUAGAUAAAGUUUACCGUAGCGAAUAUCUAUAUUUAUACUUAAAUAAACAAAAGUAAAACGUGUGCAAUGAUUGCCAGAACUCGCUAAGUAAAUAGAGGCGUACUAUUUUAUUCUCAGGCAACGGCAACACUAACGUAAUCGGUCAAAAGAAGCCGCUACGUUCCCAGAAAGCAACGACGCAAGGUGAAGGAUUCGAAAGAUAUUAAUUUGUUCCUGGUAGCUAACUCAUAACCCAGCGCAAGCGUAAAAAAUUUACGAUUUCAUCAUGUCUGAAAUGCGCAUCCGUCCACGACAAGUACUCAUACUGGUUAUAGUGUUCCUUGUGGUAUUGCUAAUGGUCCAUCGUAAUGGAAAGCGCACUUGCCAAGGCCCCGAAUUUAUGCAAAUUAUGUACGCUAAACAGGCGGAGGCGUCUUUACCAAAAAUUUACGCCAUAACACCAACAUAUACGCGACCGUCGCAAAAGGCAGAAUUAACUAGAUUGUCUCAUAUUUUCAUGCUUGUACCCAAUUUGCAUUGGAUCAUCAUUGAAGAUGCCAAUACAACAACUGACGUUGUGCGCAACUUAUUAACGCGCGCUAGCUUAUUGGAACGUUCAACCCAUCUUAAUAUUAAGACGCCGGAAAACUUUAAACUGAAAGGGAAAGAUCCCAAUUGGAUGAAGCCACGUGGGGUUGAACAACGGAAUUUGGCACUUAGUUGGAUUCGAGCCAAUGUAGAUCCACAACAGCACAGUGCGGUGUUUUUUAUGGAUGACGACAACUCUUAUAGUGUUGAACUCUUUGUAGAAAUGACAAAAAUUGAGCCGGGUCGUGUUGGUGUAUGGCCAGUCGGCUUAGUAGGUGGCCUACUGGUGGAAAAACCAAUACUCAAUGCUGACAAUAGCCAAGUAAUUGGCUUUAACGCUGCAUGGCGACCGGAGCGACCAUUUCCCAUUGAUAUGGCCGCGUUCGCCAUUAGCAUCGAUUUGUUAUUCAAAUAUCCACAGGCACAAUUUGCCUACGAAGUAGAACGUGGAUACCAAGAAAGUGAAAUAUUACGACAUUUAACAACAAAACAACAACUACAACCCUUAGCGAACAAUUGCCGGGAUGUGCUCGUCUGGCAUACUCGUACGGAAAAAACAAAUUUGGUCGCUGAAAUUAAGCUAAAUAAGGAAGGGAAACGCUCAAACGAAGGCAUAGAAGUUUAACACGAAAAUCGCAUUUUCUAAGCCAGAUUUAUUUGAAACGUACGUAUUUGUGAUUUUGAAAUCUUUAUACCGAUAAUAAGAAUUAUGUACUUAAGUAGGCACGCAUGGGCUAACAUUCAUGCCUUGUACAAGACAAAAAAAAAGCAUAUCAUAAAAAUACGAACAUAUAUUCGUAUCAAGAAAAAUUUAUGAAGCUUAUAUCGAAGUGCUUCCAAACUGCAUGCUUAUAUGUAUUUUAUGUAUAAAUAUCUACUACUUAGAGACAAAAAUUAUCAACAGGAAAUUUUUAUAAAUUUUUUAUGCCAGUGGCUUUGUAAUUUUUAUGUAUUUUGUAAACGAAUUUAAAGUAUGUAUUUAAAAAAUAUUCUUAGUACCUAAAGUAAUUAUAUAAAUCUGCCUAUCUUGUGUCUUCCCUUUGCCACGAAGUAGCCUUGCAGAAUACAAUAAAUAUUUAUUCAUAUGUAUGCCGUGUAAACAUAAAUCUAACGCGUCAAUUCAGAAAAAAGCAAACUAGAGUGUAAGUUAGUUGGGCAGACAACUAAUUUCUCAAACCAAAAUGUUUCUACUUGUUGGCUUCAGUUAUUUUGCCAGUGGUAAAAGAAUAACUAUGAAAUUAAAUGUUUAUUUUAUUUAUUAAAUUAA